AUUACAGAUUUUAAGUCCAACUGUACAUAUUUCAGUCAGGAAAGGUAUUUUUGAUAUAAUGGAAGAAACCCUAGAAAAUCCUGAAAUGAACGCAUCUCCUCCUAAACCUGAAACCCUAUCGAAUUCCCAACAACAAGAAGAAGAGAAUACAAGUGAAGAAUCAAAACCGCUGUUUGAUAAAAAUGAAAUUUUCAAAGCUCUAGAAAUUGUGGAGAAAGAUUCAAUGGCUAUUGCUGAAACAUAUGUAUCUCUUUUCUCUUCGCUUCGUUUGAUUCUAUCCGAGGUUACUAGCAGUUCGGUUGACCACAUGUGUUGUUUUAGUGAUGCUGCUGGCCGCGUACAAGAAUCUGCACUUGAUGCAGCAACCAAGGGAAAUCGGUACAUAAAUUCCUGUCUCAGAUUAAACGAGGAAAUGAAAAGCAUUGACAGCCUUGCUCUUCAAUUAAGAAAAAUUCUGAGGAAGAAUGUUGAUACACUGGACUCAGCAGUGACCAAGCUUGUCCGAUUUCCAUGACCAUGGCUUCUGCGCACAUGUUGAAGCCUCUCGCCUCAGCAGCAAAUUUGCUUCACUGGUUAAACUGCUUUUUCAGGAGUUCCUCAAUUAGUCUGACUCUUGUAUAUCGUAUUGCUUAGACUCUGAUCCGAUACAUUACUAGCACAUUGCUUUGGGGAUCAUAAUAACUCUUGUAUAUUGUAUGGGGUUUUCCCAAGACAAAUGAAGCAAUGUAUUAACCACUCUGUUUCUCCGUCUUCA